AUGUCGGUUUUUCGGUCGACCAGGUCAACGUGUAGGAUCACCAAGCGUCCGACGAGUACGGUGACAACUUCGAUUCACUCGGCGGAUCUCUGGAGUUUAAUUUCGGCUAUUGCUCAGCGGAAUGUAUUUGAUACUCUCGCGGCUAUCCCGAUGGAGUUCGGCGUUUCGGAGGCUGAUUACACGGCAAACGCGGCUAAAUAUGAAGGGUCAAAAAGGAACGACUUAAUAGAACAUUUGCCCAGGCAACCACAAGUUCCCUUCCAGCAGUAUGGUGGAUAUGUCACCGUAGACGUUGCUGCCGGACGAUCGCUCUUUUACUACUUUGUUGAGGCUGAUCCGAAAAUAUCUUGCAAAUUGCCGCUUGUUCUUUGGCUCAAUGGAGGACCUGGUUGUUCUUCUCUUGGUUAUGGAGCAAUGGAGGAAUUGGGUCCAUUUCGGGUUUCCAGUGACGGAAAAACACUAUAUGAAAAUGAAUAUUCAUGGAAUCGUGCUGCAAAUGUGUUGUUUUUGGAGACACCAGCUGGGGUUGGGUUCUCUUACUCAAAAACCAAGAGUGAUGUAGAGAAAGGUGGUGACAAAGAAACGGCUAAUGAUAAUUAUGUGUUUUUGUUGAACUGGUUGGAGAGGUUUCCAGAAUACAAGAACAGGGACUUUUAUUUAGCUGGAGAAAGUUAUGCUGGGCAUUAUGUGCCCCAGUUGGCACAGACCAUUCUCUACCACAACAAGGCCAAAAACACUGUUAUCAAUAUGAAAGGGAUAAUUAUUGGGAAUGCUGCGAUCAACGAUGAGACUAACAACAUAGGGAUGUUUGAAUAUUGGCAAACUCAUGCUUUGAUUUCUAAUGAAACAUUGAAUCAAAUUUUGAACGACAAUUAUGUAUAUGCAUACCUCAACAGACCUGAGGUUCAAAAGGCACUUCACGCCAAUGUCACCAAGAGCAUACCCUAUGCUUGGGAACCUUGCAAUUCCGGUAUCAUCAAUAAUUGGAAUUGGACAAACAGCGCACACACUAUCCUUCCUAUCCUCCAGGAGUUAAUGACUAAUGGGAUUCGAGUUAGUAUAUACAGGUAA